AUGGAUGAUGAGGGCAGCAUUCACAUCCUGGCGGGUCAAGCGACUGAAGGAGGUGCUGCGACCAAGAUUCUCGUCAAUGGAAUCGACAUUAUGGCUCGGCUGUCUGACCUGGAGACUCGGCUUGAUGCGCUUCAAAACCAGCGCUUUGUUGUGGCGGCACCGAGACCGCUGCUGGAAUCCGCUACUCGGCGCAUUCUCUCGCUUGAAGUUACGCGCCUCUUUGCUGGCCGGGAUGUGUGGAGCGUUUUGAUGGCAUGCCCGGAAACGGGCGAGUUUCUGGACUUGGUGCUCGAGUCUGACAUGACGACGCGCAAUUUGGUGGUCUUGAGCAACACAUCACUCGGGGCCGCCUACAUUCGCAGCGCUGACUUGGAUGGCGAUGGUGAUCUGGAUGUGCUGACUGCCAGCCGUCUUGAUGACACGGUGGCUUGGUUUGAGCAGGACCCCGUCAAUCGCACUUUUGAGCGCCAUAUCAUCACCACUUCUGCUGAAUUCGUGGUGAGUGCCGAGCCCGUCGACCUGGAUGGCGACGGCGACCUCGACGUUGUGAGUGCCAGCGUCCAUGACAAUACGAUUGCUUGGUACCGCAACGAUAUUGACUCGGGCCAAGGCUUUUCGGCUGGCCUAAUUGUGAGCAACACAGCGGGUGGGCCGUGGGCAGUCCAGGCGGCUGAUCUCGAUGGCGACGGUGAUCAAGACCUCAUAAGUGCCAACUUUUACAACGGCACAGUGAGUUGGUACACCAACCACCGCCUGGGCACCUCGACGCCACCCAGCUUUAGCUCCCAUAUAUUGGGGGACGGUGCCUAUGGUGCUAUUUCUGCCCUCGUGGGCGACCUGGACUCGGAUGGCUUGCCAGACAUUGUCGUGGGCUGUGCCUACACGCGUUAUAUUUUAUGGUACCGCAACCUGGGCCAAGGCACCUUUGAUAUGGCACAACGCAUCCCGACCGCGGCCUUUGGGACCAAUGCUGUGAGGGCUUGGGAUGUGGACAAUGAUGGCGAUUUGGAUUUGUUGGGGGCCAGCACCUAUGGCGACCAGCUCUCCUGGUACCGCAACCUGGGUAAUGGCACCUUUACCGAAGUUGUGAUUGACGCGGCUGCCGAUGGCGUGCGAGAUGUCAUGGCCGCGGACCUGGACGGCGAUGGUGUCCUCGAGCUCGUUGCCGCGUUGCGCGAGGGACAACAGCUCCUCUACUACAACGUGGAGCGAUGGGCCUGA